ACGCUCAUACGGCGACGGAGCGGAAAUGGGGCGUUUCUUCAGGCUGACCCCAACAUUCCAGUUGUCCGUCCGCGAAGUUCGGGAGAGUUCUGCGUUCGAGCAACAGGACAACUGAACCGAACCCGGUAGAACCGGAGCAGGCGAGCGCGAUGACGGCGGUGCGCGUGAUUCUGGCGCUGAUUCUGAGCUUCCUUCAGCUCUGCCGGACCGAACCGCGACCCGGAACACCAGAUGAGUUGUUGGUGAUUACAGCAGCUACAGAAGUGACCGAUGGCUACUUGAGGUUCAUGAGGACAAUCAGACAGUUCAACUACACUGUUCAGGUUCUGGGUCUGGGUGAGGAGUGGAAGGGUGGUGAUGUGGCCAGGACUGUUGGUGGUGGUCAGAAGGUUCGCUGGCUGAAGAAAGAGCUACAGAAACACAAAGACAAACAAAACACUGUCGUCAUGUUUGUAGACAGUUAUGAUGUGAUUUUAGCCAGCGGUCCAGGCGAGCUGCUCAGGAAGUUUUCUGAAUUUGCUCAUCGUGUGGUUUUCUCUGCGGAGGGAUUCUGCUGGCCGGACCAAAGACUCGCUUCAAAAUACCCAGCGGUGCACAAUGGCAAACGCUACCUCAACUCUGGAGGUUUUAUUGGCUACGUUCCUGAGAUUUAUGGCAUUGUGCAGCAGUGGAAAUACAAAGACGAUGAUGAUGACCAGCUGUUUUACACACGCAUCUACCUGGACAAAGAGCAGAGGAGAAAGUUCAACAUUACGCUGGACCACAAAUCCCAGAUAUUUCAGAACCUUAAUGGAGCCAUAGAUGAAGUGGUCCUGAAGUUUGAGAAAUCUCGAGUCCGGGCUCGGAACGUGGCCUAUGACACACUUCCUGUUAUUAUCCAUGGCAACGGGCCGACUAAGCUGCAGCUGAAUUAUCUGGGUAAUUACGUGCCGACAGCGUGGACAUAUGAGCACGGCUGUGGAAUCUGUGAUGAUGAUCUUCUCGAUCUGAAUCCGCUAUCUGACGAGGAAAUGCCGCUGGUUCAUCUCGCUGUAUUUAUCGAGCAGCCGACACCGUUUCUAGAAGAAUUUCUGGAGAGACUCGCAAUACUGAACUACCCACACACACGCUUGCGGCUCUUCAUACACAACAACGUAGUCUAUCAUGAGCAGCACGUGGAGCGGUUCUGGACGCGUCAUCGCUCACUGUUCGCCGGGGCGAAAAUAAUUGGACCAGAGGAAAACCUUCGGCAGGACCAGGCCAGAACCAUGGCAGUGGAGGCGUGUAAGAAGGAUGUGACCUGUGAUUAUUUCUUCAGUAUAGACUCUGACGUUGCGCUGACUAAUCUAGAUGUUUUACAAAUUCUCAUUGAAGAGAACAAGGGUGUGAUAGCACCCAUGUUGUCCCGUCACGGGAAGCUCUGGUCAAACUUCUGGGGUGCUUUGAGUCCUGAGGGCUUUUAUUCCCGAUCUGAGGAUUACAUCGACAUCGUGCAGAGCAAACGAGUUGGUCUGUGGAACGUCCCGUACAUCACUCAAGUGUAUCUGAUUCGUGGAGAGACGCUGCGCACGCGUCUGGCUGCGGUUUCUCUCUAUCAGCAGGAGGGAAUGGAUCCCGACAUGACGUUCUGUAAGAGCGUCCGCGAGCAGGGUGUGUUCAUGUUUGUAUCAAACAGAGAUGAGUUUGGUCGUCUGGUCUCCUCCAGUAACUAUAACACCAGUCGUCUGUAUCCAGACAUGUGGCAGAUAUUUGACAACCCAGCGGACUGGAGGGAGAAAUAUAUCCAUGAGAAUUAUUCCAGGAUUUUUGAGGAUGAUGAUGAUGUUGUUCAACAGCCGUGUCCAGAUGUGUACUGGUUUCCUGCGUUCUCUGACAGAAUGUGCGACGAGCUUGUUGAAACAAUGGAGCAUUUUGGCCAGUGGUCAGGAGGAAAACACACGGACGAGCGGUUGGCAGGUGGUUAUGAGAAUGUUCCAACAGUAGAUAUUCACAUGAAUCAGAUACAGUAUGAGAAGGAGUGGCUCAAAUUUCUCAAAGAUUACAUCGUUCCUGUUACCGAAAAACUCUACCCAGGAUAUUAUCCAAAGGCUCAGGCCGUGAUGAAUUUUGUGGUUCGUUAUCGUCCUGAUGAGCAGCCGUCACUCCGCCCACAUCACGACUCCUCCACAUUCACCAUUAACAUCGCUCUCAACAGCAAAGGCAAAGAUUACGAGGGGGGAGGCUGCAAGUUUCUGCGUUACGACUGUAAGGUGGAGUCUCCCAGGAAGGGCUGGUCAUUUAUGCAUCCCGGACGUUUGACGCAUUAUCACGAGGGGCUGCCCACCACCAGAGGAACACGAUACAUCAUGGUGUCAUUCGUUGACCCUUGAAAGCCUUCUGAACUCUGUGUGAGUGUGAGUGUGUGUGUGUGUGUGUGUGUGUAUUUGUGUGAGUGAGUGAGUGAGUGAGUGAGUGAGUGAGUGAGUGUGUUUGUGUGUGAGUGUGUUUAUGUGUAUGUGAGUGAGAGUGUGUGUGUGUGUAUGUGAGUGUGUGUGUGUAUGUGAGUGUGUGUGUGUCUGUGUGAGUGUGUGAGUGUGUGUCUGUGUGUGUGUGUGUGAGUGAGUGAGUGAGUGUGAGUGUGUGUAUGUGAGUGUGAGUGAGUGAGUGAGUGAGUGUGAGUGUGUGUAUGUGAGUGUGAGUGAGUGAGUGAGUGAGUGUGAGUGUGUGUAUGUGAGUGUGAGUGAGUGAGUGUGUGUGUGUGAGUGUGUUUGUGUAUGUGAGUGAGUGUGUGUGUGUGUGUGAGUGAGUGAGUGAGUGUGUGUGUGUGUGUGUAUGUGAGUGAGUGUGUGUGUGUGUAUGUGUGUGAGUGUGUUUGUGUGUAUGUGUGUGAGUGUGUUUGUGUGUAUGUGUGUGUGUGUGUAUGUGAGUGAGUGUGUGUGUGUGUAUGUGAGUGAGUGUGUGUGUGUGAGUGUGUGUGUGUAUGUGAGUGAGUGUGUGUGAGUGUGUGUCUGUGUGAGUGUGUGAGUGAGUGAGUGUGUGUGUAUAUGUGAGUGUGUGUGUGUGUAUGUGAGUGUGAGUGAGUGAGUGUGUGUGUGUGUGUGUGUGUGUGUGUGUGUGUAUGUGAGUGAGUGUGUGUGUGUAUGUGAGUGUGUGUGUGUGUGUGUGUAUGUGAGUGAGUGUGUGUGUGUAUGUGAGUGUGUGUGUAUGUGA